AUGCCAACAUCAACAGCGAGCACCUCGAAUGGGCGCAGCGAUGGGCUGCUGCGCUUCACCAACUGCCAGGCGCUGCUGCCGGACGGCACGCUGCCGGCCGACAUGACAACCUACUCGCUGCACGUCGACCCUGCAGUGGGCAAGAUCAUCGAUGGCCAGUCGGCGUUCUUUGACGCGCACGCCGCAUUUGCACACACGAUCGACCUGGAGGGCGACUACCUCGUGCCCGGCUUUAUCGAUGUGCAGAUCAACGGCGGAUACGGCGUCGACUUUUCGGAGCUCGAUGAAGCAAGCCCGGCCCAGGCGGACAAGAAGUAUUUGGCGGGACUCGAUCUGUUUGCCACGCGCAUCCUCGAGACGGGCGUGACGAGCUUUGUGCCGACGAUCAUCACGCAGAAAUCCGAUGCGUAUAGAAAGGCCAGCUCGCUGGGAUGGCACUGCGAGGGCCCGUUCCUUUCGCCGCACAAGAAGGGUGCGCAUUGUUCGUCGCUCAUCCGCACCGCCGAGUCCGGGGUGUCGUCGCUCGAAGAAGUGUACGGCAGUGGACCGAGUGGGUUGGAUAUGGAUGGUGCGGUGAAGCUGCUCACGCUCGCACCGGAGGUCGAAGGGAUUCUUGCUUCGAUCCCUGCACUCACUUCGCGCGGGGUGACUGUCUCGAUCGGCCACACUGCGAGCGACAUCGAUACGGCUUUGGCAGCCAAGGAGGCAGGGGCGCGGUUCAUCACGCACCUCUUCAACGCCAUGGGAAGCUUCAACCACCGCGACCCGGGUGUGAUCGGUCUGCUCGGCGACAGCGAGACGGACCUCGAGGCUACACUGCCCACCUCGCACGGUACGCCGCGGAAAGGCGAUCCUGCGCGCGCGCCCGCGCGCAAACCUCGACCGUUCUAUGGGCUGAUUGCGGACGGCUUUCACUCGCACCCGUGCUCGGUGCGUAUGGCCUAUUCGGCCCACCCUGCUGGAUGUGUAUUGGUGUCGGAUGCUAUGCCCUGGAUGGACCCGAACAAGCCUGAUGGUGUCUACCCCUGGCGAGACGGUCAGGAGGUCGAGAAACAGGGCAACAAGGUCACACUCCAGGGUACCGAUACUCUUGCAGGAAGUGUGGUACCGCUGUCGGACUGCGUGACGAAUCUGGCGAGGUAUGCGGCGGUACCCCUGCACACCGCGGCGUACUGCGCGUCGAGUACGCCGGCAAUGAUGCUGGGCAUCGCAGACCGAAAGGGAUUCCUCAGGCCAGGAUGCGAUGCGGAUCUGGUCGUCCUAGACAAGCGCACCGGCCAGGUCAAGCAAACCUGGGUCGCUGGAAAGCUCGUCUGGAGCCGCAAAUGA